GAUUUUUUUAUUUUAAUUUUAUUAAAUAAUGGCUAUACCAAUGGCUACAUAACAAAAAAAGAAUCAUUGUUCCACCGAUUUCCGCAUAAUUUCCUUGAGCAAAAACAAAUCCAUGUUUCAGGUAAGCGUAUCGAAUCCCUAACGCAACCAUUUAAUCACAUCAAAUAAAUUGAUAACAGUUUUCUCAGUAGUAUAAAUAUUAAGGAAUAGUAUAACUUGUAGAUUACUCCUCACACUAAUUCGAAUAGUUCAUUAACACUGAUGACAUGUGCUAAAAAUCCAAAUAAAUGUGUGUCAAGAUUACCUAUUGGCCAUUAACAAUGGGGUGAAGUUGAACAGCAUGGGUUUUAGUAAUAUGCAUAUAUAUAGGAGAACUAUUUAUUUCGUUUGCAGACGUGUUACACUCGGCGCAAACUAUUAAAAUGAAUAUUUAUAUUCUGCUGUCGCUAGUUGUUUUGGUUAGGACCGUUCAAGGGGGUUUGUGGUCAUUUAUAAAAGGCGCCUUAGACGAAACAGCCAGCAGGUACGCGGCUGAAGAUGGAAGACUGAACAUAAGUCAAUUGGCGGCUAAAUAUAAAUACCCGCUUGAAGAGCAUCAGGUGCAUACGAUCGAUGGGUACAUAAUAAAUUUUCAUAGAAUCCCCAACCGAGGGCCGAUCGUGUUCCUAAUGCACGGCAUCCUGGAGAGCUCGGACAGCUGGGUGCUGCUGGGCCCGGGCAAGGCGCUGGCCUACGUGCUGGCCGAGCAGGGCUACGACGUGUGGAUGGGCAACGCGCGCGGGAACCAACACGCCAACAAGCACGUCUCCAUGAACACCACCAUGUCUCGCUUCUGGGAGUUCACAUGGGAAGAGAUCGCUUUAUACGAUUUACCUGCGAUGAUCUCUUACAUCUUGGAAACGACCAGACAACACUCCAUGUACUACGUGGGACAUUCGCAAGGAACUACGAGCGGCUACGUGCUGUGUGCUAUGAGACCGCAAUAUAAUAAUUAUAUAAGAAUGAUGUUCUCGCUCGCGCCCGUGGCCUGGAUGGGAAACGUGAAAAGCCCGUUGGUGAAAAUGUUCUCACCUGCUUACAAUGUUUUAGCAUAUGCGUUGAAGGACUUCAAUACUUAUACCUCUGGUUUAGACAUGUUUAACAAAAUGUCAUCCUUUGUGUGCACUGUGAUACCAACAAGAUGUGACAAUAUAUUGCACUCUUUAUCUGGGCAUGAAACCAAAGUAAGUCCGACUUUUUUGGCAAUUAUAUUAGGACACUACCCUACCGGGGCAUCGACGUAUCAGUUCGUGCAUUACGGCCAACUAGUGGAAUCGAAACGAUUUUGUCGGUACGAUUUUGGUACUUCUAGAAAUUUCGAAGUAUAUGGACAGAAUAAUCCACCAGAUUACAAUUUGACUAAUGUUGUUGUGCCAGUCGUGUUAUUUCAUGGGAACAGGGAUUGGUUGUCUGCUCCGGCCGACGUCAACAUAUUGAUGCAUCAUCUACCAAACGUGUACGAUGAAACUAACCUCUCUGACUUCACUCAUAUAGACUAUGUUUAUGCUGAAGAAGCGAAAGAAGUUGUUUAUGAUAAGAUUAUCGAACAUAUUGAAAUAUCUGAAAGUAUUCAUUACUUGGAUGUGAAAUCUAGAGGUAUGAAGACAAAAGAAUCUAAUGACAGUAGCAUAAAGCCUCUUGAUUAAGACAACGUUAUUUGUUGGUUCAUUGUUAUCUAUCCCUACCAUAUUUGUAAAUGUGAAUUCAUUUUUGUAAAUGCAUUGAUUUUUAUUUACCGUUGUAUACUUAAUCGCUUGUUUGAGUAACUUCUUAAGUAACCUUUAUGUUUACUGUAUUUUGUACGUACAAUGCGUUUCACACAAAAUUAAGCGGCAAAAAAAUCUAUUUAUGAAUCGUAUGUUCCACUCUCACGACGUAAAUAUGUAAUUGUUAUUUGAAUACUUCAGAAGUUCGGUGUUUAUCAAAAUCAAAAUUGUGAUCAGAUGAUCCUUUGGGGGUGAAAACUUUCAUUCUUUUUGUUCACUUCAUUUUACCUCUUAAGUGGUAUGUUACAAUAAAACAUAUGGUAACAUUUUUAUCAUGUUAUAAGAUAAUAAAGCAAUUUGUAUAGUACAUUAUCUAUGACACAAAAUAUUAUAGAUACAAUGGUGUCAUCAUUAAUGUCACCAUUUUAGCGCCACGCUGUAUAAUAUGAAGUAUAUACAAGUAUUGAAAUAAAACUACUUUUACGGAUCGUAUCAGGUAUCAUGGUCACUGCCCGUGAUACCUGCAAUGGUGACGAAACGUCGGGAACUAAAAUCUAAAAUUAAACCGCUAUAAAAAUUAGUUUCUAUUUCAAUGUCUUACAUUCGCGUAAACCUAAGAAGCCACUAUAUAAAAGUAUGUAAAAAUAGU